AUGGCUGAGAAGGGCGACUGCAUCGCCAGCGUCUACGGGUAUGACCUUGGCGGGCGCUUCGUUGACUUCCAACCGCUGGGUUUCGGCGUCAACGGGCUGGUGCUGUCAGCCGUGGACAGCAGGGCCCGCCGGAAGGUGGCCGUGAAGAAGAUCACCCUGAGCGACGCCCGCAGCAUGAAGCAUGCACUCCGGGAGAUCAAGAUCAUCCGCCGCCUGGACCAUGACAACAUCGUGAAGGUGUAUGAGGUGCUGGGGUCCAAGGGUGCCAACCUGCAGGGCGAGCCGUUCAAGUUCAGCGUGGCCUACAUCGUCCAGGAGUACAUGGAAACCGACCUGGCACGCCUGCUGGAGCAGGGCACGCUGACGGAGGAGCAUGCCAAGCUCUUCAUGUACCAGCUGCUCCGCGGGCUCAAGUACAUCCACUCCGCCAACGUGCUGCACAGGGACCUGAAGCCCGCCAACAUCUUCAUCAGCACGGAGGACCUCGUGCUCAAGAUUGGGGAUUUCGGGUCGGCGAGGAUUGUCGAUGAGCAUUAUUCACACAAGGGUUACCUGUCAGAAGGGUUGGUAACGAAAUGGUACCGCUCACCACGCCUGCUCCUCUCCCCUAACAACUACACCAAAGCCAUUGACAUGUGGGCCGCUGGCUGCAUCCUGGCCGAGAUGCUCAUGGGGAGGAUGCUCUUUGCUGGGGCUCACGAACUGGAGCAGAUGCAGCUCAUCCUGGAGACCAUCCCUGUGAUCCGGGAGGAGGACAAGGACGAGCUGCUCAAGGUGAUGCCUUCCUUCGUCAGCAGCACCUGGGAGGUGAAGAGGCCACUGCGCAAGCUGCUCCCUGAAGUGAACAGCGAAGCCAUCGACUUUCUGGAGAAGAUCCUGACCUUUAACCCCAUGGAUCGCCUGACUGCCGAGAUGGGGCUGCAGCAUCCCUACAUGAGCCCGUACUCUUGCCCCGAGGACGAGCCCACCUCGCAGCACCCCUUCCGCAUAGAGGAUGAGAUUGACGACAUCCUCCUGAUGGCCGCCAACCAGAGCCAGCUCUCCAACUGGGACAGGUACCCUGUGAGCCUGUCGUCGGACCUGGAGUGGCGGCCCGACAGGUACCAGGACGCGAGCGAGGUGCAGCUCGACCCGCGCGCGGGCUCGGCGCCGCUGGCGGAGGACGUGCAGGUGGACCCGCGCAAGGACUCGCAGAGCAGCUCGGAGCGCUUCCUGGAGCAGUCGCACUCGUCCAUGGAGCGCGCCUUCGAGGCCGACUACGGGCGCUCCUGCGACUACAAGGUGGGGUCGCCGUCCUACCUGGACAAGCUGCUGUGGCGCGACAACAAGCCGCACCACUACUCGGAGCCCAAGCUCAUCCUGGACCUGUCGCACUGGAAGCAGGCGGCCGGGGCGCCCCCCACCGCCGCGGUGGCCACGGUGGCGGCGGACGCGGGGGCGCGCGACGAAGAGCCGGCCAGCCUCUUCCUGGAGAUUGCGCAGUGGGUCCAGAGCACGCAGGGCCGCUCCGAGCGCGCCAGCCCGCCCCGCCACGGCCCCGAGCGCCGCCUGUCGGCCUCCCCACCCGGCCGUCCGGCCCCCAUCGACGGGGGCGCCAGCCCCCAGUUCGACCUGGACGUGUUCAUCUCCCGCGCCCUGAAGCUCUGCACCAAGCCCGAGGACCUGCCGGACAAUAAACUGGGCGACCUCAACGGCGCGUGCAUCUCCGAGCACCCUGGCGAGCUCGUGCAGACUGAGGCCUUCUCCAAAGAAAGGUGGUGA